UCCGUUGAUUGGAACACAAAACAUCCGCAUACCAAGAAAAACAUUUAAAACAAGAGUUCGGAAAAGAUGUUAAUAAAAUUGGACCAGAUACUAAAUUAGGCUAACGUUACAUUACAUUUCCUGAAAUUCCGGAUGCAUGUUGUAUAGUUGCAAGUUAGUUUUAUAUAAUUUUAACUUAAUUAUAAAUUAGGAAACACCUUUAACUGAAAAAAAAUAUCCACUUUGGCCCGGAAGGUGUUGGGGAAAUAAGGUAGGCUAGUUCUAUUCAUUUUACUUAUUUCCUUGAACAAUCAACAAUUUAAACCUGUUUUUACCACCUGCCAAUGUCCGUUGGCAGUUUGAGUUUCCCGCUCGACCUGUAUCACACACCACAAACAGGUAGCCUUUAUCAAGACAGCUGGCUUUUACCAGAGACAGUUUAAACUCACUUCGCAUAUAAAACCCUUGUCCAUUCAUGGCUCCGAAUCUUAGAGAGGUUUCUUUGUGUUGCUUGUGGAUCAUCAGUGUUGCCUCUUUUAAGGUGAAUGUUCCUGAAAGGUGUCUGGUGGCAAUCAAAGGUCGUCCAGCUCUACUGGGCUGUGAGUUCACAUCUGAUCCUGACCUGUCCAGUCUGGUUGUUACCUGGCAACGUCAGGAGGACUCACAAGUCGUCCACAGUUUCUAUUAUCAACAGGACAAUUUGGACAGACAGAGUCCAGAAUACCACAACCGGACCUCAUUGUAUAUGUCAGAGCUUGGUAAAGGUAAUGCCUCUCUAAGAAUAAAUCCAGUUGGACCAAAGGAUGCAGGCCUGUACCUGUGUCAAGUGAGCAAUGCUAAAGGGACUGGAAAGGCUCUGAUAGAGCUGGACUAUGGGGCCCUUUAUUCAGAGCCUAGGCUCAACAUUUAUGUGAACUCUACUACUGUGACAGUGGAGUUUGAGACAGAAGGUUUCCCUAAACCUGAGGUGAUCUGGCUGGGGGAAAAUAACCAGAAUCUCACCUAUCACCUGGAGAUCCACGACCAAACAGAAGAUGGACUUUAUUACAUAAAGAGCAGUUAUGAGGCCCAGAAGCCAGUGGUUAAUGUCACAUUUACAUUAAAGAAUCACCUCCUGAACCAGAACCUGCAGAGAACAGUGUGCCUCAGCUUUGGUAAAGACCUUCUUUCACUCUGAACUAAGUGCAUGUCAGAAGGCAUUCACUAUAGAACGAGUUUCAGAUGGAGAUGAUGGAAGCACUACAGUCAUUAUUCUUUCAAUACUGGUUGUCAUUCUUUUUGCUGUUGUGAUGUUUUUACUGUUAAGAAAACAAAUAAAGUAUUCGCUAUGAA